CUGUCCGUCUGUAGUCGAAACGUCGCGCGCAGGAUGCGUUAGUGUUAUCACAAUAUUGUAAUUCGAGAGUUUAUGUGCUGUAGAAGACUUGAAGCUGUUGUCACUGUUUCCAGAAUGAACUUCUUAACACAUUGAGCUCUUUCCGGAAUUUUUAUCGCGAGGAAACUCUGCAUUUCAUCCAAAGAAGCGUUCAAUCAUUAGCGACCAAGUUGGUGGUGGUUAAGAGGUCAUACGCCGACAUUUUCUAUUUUUGCAUCAGUGGAUUUUCGAACGCCUGGAAUUGUUAAUGAACAUCAUUUACAAACGUGCUCUUUGAGUUAUUCAACUUUGUGCUGUGCUUAGGACUGAAUAAGUGUAUAUAGGACCAAGAAUCGGUGUCCUUCAAUGGAAUUUUAGUUUUUACUUGAAGUCUGUGAUAUCAACUUUAGUAAUAGGCUUGUCCUAUUAAACCAAGAUCUUAGUACUUUUAAUUGAAUAGAACAUUUAAAUAAUAUAAUGUCGAGGUCCACUUCAACGGAUGCGAAGAUAGAUACAACCAGGGAACGAAAAUCCACUUCGGGAGAUGAAGCGGAGGAGACUAUUGCUAUGAGUGAAGGUGGUCUGUCUGGUGAUGACAAAGAUGAUGAUGAACAUCCUCGUCAUGCUCCUGAUCUUAAGUAUACUCGGGGGAGGCUUAUGGAGUUGAGAUCUCAUCCCUUAGCAAACAAAAGACCAGCAUGUUUGGACAAUCCAAAUAAUGAGGCCAUUGCAGGGCAUGGAGAUCGCAAACGAUCUGAAACUCCUACCGAGGAAGAUUCUCGCCGUCGAGGGGAUUCAACAGGCAAUGCUGAGAAGAGGCGAUCUAAUGACCCUCGGGAAAGAGUCAAGAAAGAGCAGGAUGGUAUUGUUCUUAGUCCGCAACGUCGCAGCUUUAAUUCUGGAUGUUAUGUUCCCCCAUCUCAAUCAGCUGGAGCUGGACGAAGGCCUGAAAGUCCUAUAGGGAAACCUGAGAGCAACCUCAUUCUUGGCCGAGACAUUGGCCAUCGUGAGCUGCCUACUGCGCGACGAAUCGGUAGUGGGAGAAUCCCUGCUCGUGAUGCACCUUGGGAAUUUCGAGAGCCCUCUUGGGAAAUGCGAGAAGCUGUUUGGGACCAGCUUGAUGGAACGCUUGCUCCAGAGCAUGGCUCAUUUCGGCCUGGUGGGGGUACAGGCUCUGGUCCGUUGAGUCGAGGUGCUGACUCUGACCGCAAUCACAGAGACAGGGAUGCUGAUUUAAGGCAUGAGAACCGAAGGCGGGGAUUCGGCUGGGACUUUCCUCGUGAACGUGAUCGGGAUGGUGAACGUGACCGUGACCGCGAGCGUGAUCGAGACCUCGAUAAAGAUCGUUUCGAUAGGAGAGCGGAUAAAGGACGUAAUGAGAGACAUGAACGUGUUGAUGACAGGAUGACUGACCGUUUGAUGAGACGACCUGACAGAGAGGAUCGAGAUGGGAGAGACGACAGAGGUAGACGUGACGAUCGAGAUCGGAGAGAUGACAUGAGAGAUAACCGCUAUGGAAGGAGACGUCAUGACAGUAGGGAGGAGGAGCCGGAAUGGUUCUCUGCUGGUCCUACUUCUCAGCAUGACACUAUUGAGUUGCGCGGAUUUGAAGACAUACCGGAGGAUGGCCAAGUUACUGGACGGGGAAAGAAGAACACACGAGCUAAAGCCAACUCAAGACUAGCACCUGGUGGUAGGAAAAUUUCUGAUUCAAGCAUUUCUAGUGGCAGAACUGCUUCUACUCCACCUCCUCAAGAGACAUCGAAGAAGGCUUCUCCUGAUGGUAAGGGUGAUAAGUCAAGAGCUGGAGGGCCUUUGGCAACUUCAUCGCCAGACACAAAGGAGAAGAGAGCGAAGCAAAAUCGGACUUUAGCUGAAGCUGCUAAUGAUUCCAAAGAACACAAGGAACGCAUGGACAUCAGUGAAGAUUCCUCAGCCCGUGUUGAAAAUGGACGUGCAGACAUAGCUGAAAAGGCUGGUAAUUCAACUAACUCUGCUCAUAUUGACUUCAACCUUGAUGACUUCUUGAAGAUUGAUUCAUUGCCCCUCUUAAAUUUGAAUGGUGGUCAGGCAGAAGCUACAGCUGGGGGCUCACGAUUCCGUCAGUGGUUCUCAAGAAAUAGUCCUACAAAUGAUGAUAGCAUGAGAACAGUGCCGGAUGAUCUAACAAGUAUGAUCAAUGACAUAACUGAGCCAACAAUAUCUAUUCCUAGUGGUAAUGAAUUGGACAGCUUUUUUGCUCCAAUAUCACCAGCUGCAAGUUCUCUUCAUCAAAAGCAACAGUUACAGUUACAUCUUCAGCAGCAACAGCUUCAAGCUAAACUUUCUCAGCAAAAUGCUCCAAACAAACUUUUGGAGAUGUUGCGUCGGGGCUCUGAUGCUCAAACUCAUCCCGCUCCAGGUGAAAUUCCAAGUAUUAGAGACUUAGAAGUAUCUGGCAAGAUUCACAGUGUUGAGGAACUAGAAGCCAGGAUGAGACCCAAGCCUGAAGGGGGAGCAAUGCCACCUGUUAGAGAGCCACGAUUAGCAGAUCCUGCUAUUGCUAGUGUAGUGCACCAUGGUGGUCUCCAACAGCACAUGCAACACAAGGAAGAUGAAGUAGCAGCGUUAAAGAAGCUGAUCAUGAAGAGAAAUAUGGAGCCUCAAGUUGCUAGUGAAGCGCCAGUUAAUGCAUCAAACAAUGCUAUUAUGGGUGCCUUUCCAGGUAUGCCACAAACAGCAAUUGGUUCAAUGGGUCCUGCUGGUCAUGGAGGUCAACAUCAUUCUCAGUCACAAUCAUCACAACCAUAUAAUAUUCCGGAAGAGCUUCUUAUGAAACUACUUCAAGUGCAACAGCAGCAACAGCAACAACAGCACCCUCAUCAACAACAGCAGCAGCAGCAGCAACAGCAGCAGCAUCAACUUCAACAGCAACAGAGGCAACAUCCACAAGAUAUGUUAUCUAAACUAAUGAACAAUGCUAGGAUGUCUCAGCAGCAAAUGCACCAAUCCCAUCAGAUGCACCAACAGGCAAACCGACGACAAGGACAAAUGUUGCAAUCCGAUCAUUUUAACAGUGUUCAACCCAAUCGGUCUCCAUUACCACCAGAUGUCCAGACCUUAAUUGCAAACACUCCUCUGAAUCAUGACUUGCUUCAGCGGGCUGAAGCUCAAGCCAUUCUCAGAGGUCUGGCGCAAAGAGAGAUCACCACUCAGAAUCUUGUGCAGCAAUUGCAAAACCCUGCUAUUACCCGCCGUCAUCAGGAGCUGCUAUUGAGUAUUUUGAAAACCCAGUCUGGUCAGAGAGUUCCAUCACCUAGGGACAUGAAUCCCCAGGCACAACACUUGAUGCAGUCAGCAUUGAUCAAGAAAAAACUCGAAGAACAGAGAGAACAAGCCCUCAGGAAGCGCCAAGAAACUCACAGGUCCAUCUCCCCAAAUGUUGGAAACUUCAACAAUAGCUCUAUGAAUAAGGAUGUGAAGCAUCCCAUGUCUUCCCCAACGCCACUAGCUUUCACUCCUACAUCUGUGUUGAAGAAAAUGAAUGCUGAAAAGGAUGGCGAUCAGAAGAUAGGUGGAAUGAGUUUAAGUGACUUGCAACAAAUGCAGCAAGGACCUCGACAACAGAACAUGCAACUUUCAGCCUCUCAGGUUCAGCAGCAUCAGCAGCAUAGAUUACCUCCAAAUUGGAAUCAGAACAAAUCUCAGGCUCAGCCACAGGGUCGUCCUAUCUUGAAGUCCAACAACAACUUCUACUCAGGGAAUGAUAGUUUUCCAUCCCAGCCUAGUGGUGGCUCACAGAACCAUCUUCAGCAAAUGCAAGGAAUGCCUGCAUACUUGCGAGGUCCACCACCCCCUCAACCUCAGUACAAUACUCGCUCCAAGAUGACCCUGAGCACUCCUCCCCCUAACAUGGCUCAACAAACUCAGCAGUACAACAUGAAUAUAAUGCAAGCUCGACCUGGAAUGCCUCAAUCAUCAAAUCAACGCGGCCAACACAUGCAGUCUAUGCAUGGUGGAAUGCAGAAUCAGCAGCACAACACAUCUCCUCUUCAACAAAUGCUAAUGGGGGCACAUUUCUCCAAUCAAAAAAGUGCAAUGUCCCAUGGAGGCUCUGGAGAUGUUUCAUCAAACACCAAUCAACUGUCUCGCUGGUUCUCCCCAGAGGUCCUCGCUCAAUCUGCCAGAUCAGGCCCUUCCAUUCCUGCUCAAGGAAUGCUAAGUGUAGAAGAAAUUGAACGUUUGCAGCAGGCAGUGCCCAACUAAUUGAGCUUCUCUUGCUAAUGAAUUAUUAGGAAAAUUUGAUCAACCAAGCUCUAUUAUUUAUUAAAUUUUGUUGAUGGGUAUAUAGAAUCACAUGGCUAAGAUUUUUAUUUUUUGUUCUCUUAUUUUCUUUGUAGUACGUCUUGUAAAGCCAACAUAAUUUUUUUUUUCUCAGAACCUUGUGUUACAUAAAGAAUGCUUAUUCAGUGUUGUAUUUUGACCAUUACCUUUUAUAAUGGGCAUGUAGCUCCAUCAAGGUUGUCCUACUAGAAGCUUGUAUAUUUAUUUUCCUGGCUUGUCAAAACUUGAUUCUGCUCAUUACUUGAUUUUUCUUAUGAGCUGGCUGGGAAUGGCAGCAUGUGCCUGGGUCUAGUUCAAUAUGGUUGUGCAUUGUUUUGUCCUGUACUCUUUUCAAAGACGAAAAAGAACAUUAUUGAAAGCAAGAA